AUGUUCAAGAAUAUCAGUCAUAUGUUUGCCCUCCCAGUAAGGCAAAUGGUGGGUUUCAGCCCAUUUCUUCAACCUUUGAAGAGAAGUUUCAUCAGAACAACACACUCGGUAGCAGAAAAAGCGAAGGUGAAUUUAACGCCGUUGAAGUUAUCCAAUGAGCUAUAUGCCGUAUUCAGAAUACACAACAGACCAUACUUGGUGACAGAAGGAGAUAAGGUUAUCUUACCGUUUAAACUGAAGCAAGCAGAGGUCGGCGAUGUGCUAAAUUUGACUGAUGUGACUACCAUUGGUUCUCGUAACUUCAAGCUCGUGGACGAACCUAUUGAUCCAUCUCUAUACACUAUUAAGGCUACAGUUCUUGAGAAGACAAAACGCCCGCUUAGAGUGAGAGAAGUUACCAAGAGAAGAAACAGGAAAGUGCGUCAUGCGGUCAAUAAAGCCGAUUUGACUAUUCUGAGAAUAUCCGAGCUAAAAGUCAAUUAA